AUGAACGCAGUGGUGACUAUCUCCGUCAUCAGUGUUGCCAACAGUUGCACAUAUGGAUCUUCCAGGACCAUGCAGGCUCUUGCGACCAGAGGCAUGGCCCCUAAAUUCCUGAUGUACGUCGACAAGAAGGGCAGGCCAAUGUGGUGCAUCGUGAUCCAGUUACUUUCGGCUGUUUGGCCUACAUCGGAGAAGCGCAUGCUUCGGGCACUAUCUUCACUUGGCUUUUGGCUCUGUCCGGUCUCAGCUUCUCCUUCUUGUGGUUCAGCAUUGACCUUGCACACGUACGCUCACGGAUUCACCAAGGAACAGCUUCCCUACCAAGCAGCAUUCGGCAUCUACGGAUCGUAUGUCGGAAUGUGUCUCAACUUUCUCGCGAUGAUCGCCACAUUCUACACAUCACUAUUCCCACUCCACUCAUCGCCUGAUGCCGAGACCUUUUUCGAGAACUACUUAGCAGCCCCGAUCGUAUUGGCCCUUUACUUAGGUCGGAAAAUCUACUCCCGAGAAUGGAAGCUGUAUGUCCGCACAAGCGAAAUGGACGUCACAACUGGCAUUCGCCGUGGAAGUAUUGAUAUGGCGACCUUUGACAAGCAGCCUGGCUGGAAGAAAGCUAUGAGGGCGUUCCUCUAG